AUGUCUCUCCGAGUUGUCUCUGGCCCCCAAGUUGACUCCAUCCUCGAGACACUCUCGCCUCAACUGGCUCUUGCCUCCCAAGCCAAGGUCUUCCUCGGCUUUACCCGACAAGCCAAUGAGGCUCCCACCCAAGGCCCUGCCUCUAUACAGACUCCACACAGAGUCACAGUCAACACUCCCGACUUCACCUUGCUCUUUAUGCCUGCAAGAGCACCCGUGCGCAAUUCAGAGCAAGAAACUACAGCCACGGCGUGCAAGAUUGUGUCUGUGCCUUCGAGGGGGAGUCCAGAUGGUUUACCGGCCAGCACCAUUGUGAUGGAUGAAGUCACCGGCAAGGCUAGAGCCCUCAUCAAUGCUAGAAAGCUUACCGCUCUUCGGAAUGCGUGUGGCUCGGCUCUCUUCUUAUCUCUGUACCCGACGCCCAAGAGUGAUCAUCUUCUCUUAUUCGGUGCUGGGGCCCAAUGCCUCGCCCAUGCUCAACUGUUCCUCCGACUCCGUCCCUUCUCGCAGGUGACUUUCGUGGUCCGAUCCAUCAAUAGCAGAGCCGAAUCAGUUGCCUCUGCUGUCAGAUCCUCUUUCCCCUCUGUCACUGUGUCCUUGGCCGGGCACACUUCACCAUCUGAAAAGCUGUCCGCUCUGGUAUCCACCGCAGACGUGAUUGUCACCGCCACACCAUCUACUACUCCCCUCUUCACCUCGUCUCCGAGCUGUCCCAAGCCCGGAGCCAGAGUCGUCAUGAUUGGCUCGUACAAGCCGGAGAUGCACGAGGUCGACAGUGAGCUGAUGAAGAGGGCGGGGGCGGUAGUCGUGGACUCGAGGUUGGCCUGUCUACGAGAGGCUGGUGAGCUCAUUGAUGUGGGAGAAGGAGUAGCGGGGGGCAAGGGGUUGAUCGAGCUUGGCGAGAUUCUUGAGGAGAAGGACUGGCAAGCCGUUAGCGAACCAAGUGAGGAAGAGAAGGGUAAUGUCAUCAUCUUCAAAUCAGUUGGCUUGGGUAUACAGGAUGUGGCCAUCACGUCAUUGGUAGCAGACGAAUCUGAACGCCGGAACCUGGGGACUGUUGUAGAAGACUACGACUGA